UGUAUUUUUCGUGUAACACAACUUCUCCUUUUUACCUUAUAACUUUCGUGUAACACAGCCAUGGUUCACAGGGUCGCUACAAUAUGUAUUCACAUGGUUCACAUUUAAAAAACACACAUAGGUAGAAAUAUGCGUUUUAAUGAUGCUGUGCUAUUGAAACUCAGCUUUAAAACAAGGAAAUCUGAAGAGGGAACAUAUCCAGACUGUAGAUAAGGCUGUGAACCAAUAGUACAUCUGACUUUAAAGACUGUUAGAUCUCUUUUGUUUUUUUAUGGGAAUGGUGAGAAGUGAUUCACCAUGCAUGGAAUGGAGUACUCCCAAAAAGGGUCAAUAGUGCGAUACAUUAUAUGCUAAACUGAGUCACCAAAAUAACACAGAGACCCAAGUUUAGCUUUUUGUAUGCUUUGUUUGUCACUAACCUUUCUGCAUAUGGAAAAAGAAUCCACCCCCAACAGCCUCCACAAUGUCUGGUUAGAGUUGUUCCUCUUGAGGGACAGAGCAUCGUCAGCAAUUGUUUUAGCUAGUGGUGGACUUUCGCUAAUUAUCAGAUGCGGCGAGCACCAAACGCAUCAUGUUUUAAAGUUUGGUGAUCAUGACAGUGGUUGAUCAUGCGGUCCCCUUUUGAGAUUUUUGAUAAAAUAAUGGAUGGUUGUGAUUGCUUCCUCGAUUCUCAUGCUGAACAAAGUUUCUUCAUUUACUGACUCUGAAUAACUCUUUGGUAAUAUGUAACAUAACUCAAGCUGUUGUGGACUUAUCUUAUUCAUAGCCAUUAAGGCUCUGCUAAUGACCAGUACAGGUGCAUGUUAUGUGGCAGAAAGUCAACUUCACACCAAUAUAUAUGCUCGAUUUGGUUCAAAGUAAAAAGUAGAAAGAAGCUACUAUGUAUGUGUUUACACAAUAUUGUUUUGUUAGUGUCCAUUAAGUACAUGAUUUUCUUAUACGUAUAGUCCUUGAAAUUCAGCUUGCAUAAUUGAUGAUAUCAGCACUGAGCUUCUUCUUUUUCCCUUUAACUGAUAUAUUGCAAGGACAAAGUUAAUAUCCAUUUCUAGGUAUGUGUAUAUGGCUAAACCCGCUAUAUAUACACCUCCUUGCUUUGAGUCCUGAGGCCUUCAUUACCUCUCUUCUUCUUCAUCUUCAUCUUUCUUCUUCUUCUUCUUCUUCUUCUUCUUCUUCUUCUUUUAUCUUUGGUUUAACCUGGGAAAUGGAUGUAAUAAAGCUUGAUUAUAACUACAAAGGUGACAAUGCAUUAAAAGAGUUUGAGAGGAUCACCUCGAAUGCUGCUGAAGUCCAAGAUAACAUUUUAUGUGGGAUCUUAGGAAGAAACAAGGACACAGAGUACUUGAGUAAGUACAUGAAAGGCCCUAAGGACGUCUUGGAGUUUAAACGCUCUGUGCCAAUCAUCACGUACAAAGAUAUCUAUCCGUACAUUCAUAGAAUUGCUAAUGGAGAAGACUCUUCUCUUAUUACUGGCCAUCGUAUUACUGAAAUAUUAUGCAGCUCUGGUACUUCUGGUGGAGAGCCAAAGCUAAUGCCGACCAUUUCAGAAGAUCUUGAUCGCCGAACUUUUCUCUACAAUCUUAUUAUUCCAAUUGUGAACAAGUACAUACCUGGACUUGACAAAGGAAAAGCAAUGUACCUAAAUUUUGUAAAAGCUGAAACAUCAACUCCUUGUGGUAUACCAAUCAGAUCUGUCCUCACUAGUUACUACAAGAGCAAGCAUUUUCAAUGCAGACCUUAUGAUCCAUUCAACGACUUAACCAGUCCAAUCCAAACCAUCCUUUGUGAAGACGGCAACCAAAGCAUGUACUGUCAGCUACUAGCCGCUCUGAUUCAGCGCCACAAAGUGAUGCGUUUAGGAGCUGUCUUUGCUUCAGCGUUUCUCCGUGCAAUCUCUUAUCUCGAGCAGAAAUGGAGUGAGCUCUGUGAAGACAUACGCAGUGGUCGUCUGAAUCCCAUGAUCACCGAUCCAGGGUGCCAAACCGCAAUGUCUAGUCUUUUAACGUCGCCGAAUCCAGAGUUAGCUAGCGAGAUCGAAGAGAUCUGUAGAGGCUCGUCGUGGAAAGGGAUUCUGUGUCAGCUCUGGCCUAAAGCAAAGUUCAUCGAAGCAGUAGUGACGGGAUCCAUGUCUCAAUACAUACCAGCACUUGAGCUGUUUAGCCAAGGCAAGAUUCCAUUGGUUUGUCCAAUGUAUGCUUCCUCUGAGACUUACUUUGGAGUCAACGUGGAACCACUCUCCAAACCAUCCGACGUUGUUUUCACUCUCUUGCCUAACAUGUGCUACUUCGAGUUUAUACCUCUCGGCAAAAACGGGACACUCUCUUUUGAUCUCGACGACGAUGAGCAAGUCCCCUGUGAUAAGGUUGUUGAUUUGGUCAGUGUCAAACUCGGUCGCUACUAUGAGCUGGUCGUCACAACUUUCGCAGGAUUGUACCGUUACAGAAUCGGCGACGUCCUUCAAGUGGCGGGGUUCUACAACAGGGCACCACAAUUCCGGUUUAUCUGCAGGAGAAACGUGGUUCUAAGCAUCGACUUGGACAAAACCAACGAAGAAGAUCUGCAUAGGAGCAUAACGUUAGCCAAGAAGAAGCUUGGCAGCAAGGCGUUGCUUUUGGAGUACACGAGCUACGUGGACACCUCAUCGCUGCCAGGGCACUACGUGCUCUUCUGGGAGAUCCAAGGGAAGCUGGAGCCGAAACUGGUAGAAGAGUGUUGCGUAGCGGUUGAAGAAGAGCUGGACUAUAUCUACAGACAGUGCAGGACGAAAGAGAGAUCGAUAGGGGCGUUAGAGAUAAGAGUGGUGAAACCAGGAACGUUCGAGAAACUGAUGGAUAUGAUUAUAAGCCAAGGAGGGUCGUUCAAUCAGUAUAAAACGCCGAGAUGUGUCAAGUACAACAGUGCAACGUUCAAGCUCUUGAACGGACACGUAACCGCUUCUUUCUUUAGCACUCGUGACCCGACUUGGGUCCCGUGAUCCCCACGAGUCUCAAUCAAUGACCAAAUUAUACACUCUUUCUCUCUGUAACUGUAAUAAUAAGCUGUUCUAUAGUAUUACGAAAAAAAAAAUUAUCGUUGCUUCCA